CGUCUUUUUGCUUUCCAUUCCUCUCCCCCCCCCCCCCCACUGAAAAUGCUCUUUGCCUCCUCUCACUUCUCUCUCAUCAGUUCCUUGCCCUUACCUUUUUGGUCACUGUGGUUGCAGUGAACUCUCUCUUUCUCUCCCGCAACUAGCUAGCGAGGGUUUAGAGAUCUUCUUUCAACUUUCACAUCUCCAGCAAUCAAAGAAGAGAUCUUGAAAUUAAGAGGCUUUUACACAAGGGAGCGAAGUACUGCAGGAUCAGAUGGCUUCAUAGUACGAGUAGUUAUACAAAUUCUCCUUGUGCUGCGUGCAAGUUCUUGAGGAGAAAAUGCAUGCCGGAUUGCAUAUUUGCACCCUAUUUCCCACCGGAGGAGCCCCAAAAGUUUGCCAAUGUUCACAAGAUAUUUGGUGCAAGUAAUGUAAGUAAGCUUCUCAAUGAAGUCCACCCCCACCAGAGAGAAGAUGCGGUGAACUCUUUGGCCUACGAAGCUGAGGCUCGGAUGAAAGAUCCUGUCUACGGAUGUGUUGGAGCCAUCUCAGUGCUCCAAAGGCAAGUCAUUCGCCUUCAGAAGGAGUUGGACGAGACUAAUGCUGAUCUCGUCCGGUAUGCCAGCAGCUACAACCAUGAAAUAUUGCUGCCAACAUCUCAGUCCGAGAGGUCUAGUAGUAGUAGGGUUCGUGGAGGAGGGUCUCUAGGUCAAAAUUCUGGUUCGUAUUUUGAUCCACCGUGGAAUAGAAAUGCUUAUGGAGAUAGAAAUUAUGAGAGAGGAGGAGGAGAAGGAGAUAUAUAAAUUUAAGUAGAUUACAGUGCUCUAGUCUAUUGUGUUAAAUGUGCCAAAGAGAGGAAAUAAAGUAGCUUCAUAUAUGUUGUAUGUGUCAAUAAUUAUUAGGAGUAGACCUGGUUUUUUAGGGUUUCUCCUGGGUAUCCAUGUAAACAGGUUUUAGUAAUAUGUAUCCUAUACUCUGCGGAAAGCCUUGUGUAUCUAUCUGUAUAUCUCUCUUGUGAUAUAUAAUAUUGAAAGCAUUUUAUAAAUAUUGCUG